AUGCUCCUCUCCGUCCUCUUGAAAUUGUCGUUGGUUUUGGCAUGCUCAGCGGCAGUCAGUCCCGCAUUUAAGUGCGGAGACCCUGCCAUGCCAUGGGGAACCUGUGCCAACGUACUAGCAAGUGAAGUUUGGGCGAUACAAGCCCAGCCGCAGGCCCAACACGAGUUCCGCUGCGUCAGAUAUCCCGUUUAUCCGGGCUCUAAACUCAUUCCCGGUCGAGAACCCACAAAAGCGCAAAUGUGCUGUAAGAAGGAGGCGUAUGAAUCAACUGACAAGGGGGUUGCGAUCAACGGCAAGAUGAACUCAUUAGGCAAAUUCGGCGAGUUGUGUAGCCUGCCCACUUCCUGA